UAUGGCAGCGGGAUACCGAGCGAGCCGGAAGUCAGUACAGUACUUCCGCUUCCACAACACUUCCGGGUUGGAAGACUAGGGUCUACGUUAUCUCGGGGAAUAUGAUGGAUGGAGACUCCAGAAGAUCUAAAACCCACACUGCAGUUUUUUACAAGAAAAAGAAACAGUCUUCUGUAUCUCAGAAAAGACCCCAGACACAAUCCCCUGAGAAUUUAGAGAGUGAGCAUCUUCAGGUGUCCAAGCUGGGGAAGAGGAGGGAAUCCCAGACACCAGCCCCUGAGAGCUUGGAGAAUGAGCAUCCUUUGUUGUCCAACCUGGGGAAGAGGAAGAAGGAGUCUCAGACACCAGCCCCUAAGAACUUGGAGAGUGAGCAGCCUUACAAAGCCAAGAGGAAAAAGAGGAGGAAGGAGUCCCAGACACCAGCCCCUGAGAGCUUAGAGAGUGAGCAGCCUUACAAAGCCAAGAGGAAAAAAAAGAGGAGGGAGUCCCAGACGCCAGCCUCUGAGAGUUCAGAGAGGGAGCAGCCUCACAUAGCCAAGAAGAAGAGGAAGGAGUCCCAGACGCCAGCCUCUGAGAGCUCAGAGAGUGAGCAGCCUCACAUAGCCAAGAAGAGGAGGAGGAAGGAGUCCCAGACGCCAGCCUCUGAGAGCUCAGAGAGUGAGCAGCCUCACAUAGCCAAGAAGAAGAGGAGUAAGGAGUCCCAGACACCAGCCUCUGAGAGCUCAGAGAGAGAGCAGCCUCACAUAGCAAAGAAGAAAAGGAGGAAGGAGUCCCAGACGCCAGCCUCUGAGAGCUCAGAGAGAGAGCAGCCUCACAUAGCAAAGAAGAAAAGGAGGAAGGAGUCCCAGACGCCAGCCUCUGAGAGCUCAGAGAGUGAGCAGCCUCAGGUGUCCAGUCUGGGGAAGAGGAGGAAGUUCCAGACACCAGCCUCUGAGAUCUCAGAGGGCCAGCAGCAGCUUCACAUAGCCAAGAGGAAGGAGUCCCAGCAACUUACUUCUUCCCUUCUGAAAAAUUCAGAAACCUUCCAUAAAGCCAAAAAGACCACUUCUACCCAUAAAAAGAAGAAGAGAAGUAGUGUUUGGGAGGUGGAUAUGGAAACAGGGAUCAUCCUUGUAAAUAAAGAAAACAUGGAGAACCUGCUAGAGAGUUCUAGGAAAGAUGUAGAUAUUGUUUAUGUAGAUAUAAGCAAGGGACAGAAGUCAGCAAAAGUGGACAAAGCAGAGAAGCUGUCCAUUGCUGAGUCCCUGAAACAUGACUAUCAAGAGCUACACAGUGAUGUUAAGAGGAAAAAGAAUCAAAAGCAUCCAAAGAAAGUUGUAUCCUGGGAUGCAGUAGAGGAAAGCCAGCCUGAGAGCAUCACCCUGCCCCACUCGGAAUCCUUGUCUUCUGUGCAUCUGGAAGGCAGAAGCACAGGACUAUUGGUAUCUCAUAAAAAAAUGUCUAAGGAAAAAGUGUCCAGGAACCAGGAAUUGGGAGCCGUGCCUGAGAGUCUUGAUAGUGCACACCCUGGAGGAGAUGGCGAGAGGGUCAAAGGAUCCGACAGAAGCAGGAAAAAGACUAAGAAAGGGAAGUGUGCGUCUGUUGCUAUUGCCACCUCUAGUGACAAUGUCCCGCUGCUUGACAACUAUGCUGAGAAUGCCUUCCUGGAUUCAUUAGAAGGCGGUGAUGCCUUGAGGGAAGAGGAUGUAGACCGCAGACCAAGGAAGGCAGAAACCCAGGCUUGUUCUAGCGAGAAGCCUGCAGAAGAGAUGCAGGGGGUAGAAUCUACCCGUGAAGAAGAAAGCAGUUUGGAAUCAGCCAGCAAUUCCGCAACAAGAUAUGUAUCUGAAGAUGGGAGAGAUUCUGAUGAAUCGGAUGUGGAUUUGGGCUCUGCAGUGAGGCAGCUCAAAGAGUUCAUUCCUGACAUUCAGGAAAGGGCAGCCACCACAAUCAGACGCAUGUAUCGGGAUGACCUGGGGCGCUUCAGAGAAUUUAAGGCACAAGGUGUUGCUAUUAGAUUUGGCAAAUUUUCUGUUAAAGAAAAUAAACAAAUAGAGAAAAAUGUGCAAGAAUUCCUGUCCCUGACUGGAAUUGAGAGUGCAGACAAGCUGCUAUACACAGACCGAUAUCCAGAGGAAAAGUCUCUGAUCACCAACUUAAAACGGAAGCAUGCAUUCAGACUGCACACUGGGAAAGGCAUCGCUCGGCCAUGGAAGCUUGUAUACUAUCGUGCAAAGAAGAUAUUUGAUGUGAAUAAUUACAAAGGCAG